AUGCUGUUGUGGCGGUACGCCCGAGGAAUAAUCAGCUCUGAUGACUCCCUGUUUGUUCGCUGGGAAGCUCCUCAGCUGGACCGUAUCAUUCUGGACCCAGUCAGUGAGAAGGAUGCAGGUACAUAUUGCUGUGAUGUGCAGGACACCACCUUCCGCAGGGUGAAGAGGGUUUACUGGGGUGUCCGAGUUUUGCCCGCUGGGGUUAUCAAUCUGGACUAUGAAAACUCUCUGGCCCAGUGGGAGUCAACUGGAAACCAGCAGAACCAGACUAUGUCAGACCAGCAAGACCACAGGAUGACUUUUCUUUACAUGGUACUGUUGAGUUUGGCCCUUGCAGGUGUUGGUGCUGGACUGAUGCUGCUGGGUGUAUACUGGACAGUUAAGAGGAGAAAGCAGAAGCAUUUUGACAGAUGUAGCUGAAUUUCCAUCACACGUUAAUUUCUGCUUCACAUAGACAUCUCUACAAUGAAAAAUAACUUUUUUUAGAGAAGACAGUGCCUAUUUAUAACUGUAAAAUGCUGUGCAGUUUGUAACUGGAAAUUGAAAAAUAA